UUCAGGAAGGGUACAUUGGACUAAAAACACUCCUACAGCCACCCACCCACACUUUGUAAAAAGGAAGGUGAGGUUACAAACCGAUGUUCCAUUUCUCAUGAGAGGAAGUAACGUUUACAAAGUGGAGGGACAUUUACAAAACAAGGGAGAACAGUUUCCGGAGCUCACCAGAAGAAAUGAGAGCAAGGAAAGUAAGUGAGCAGCACAUGUGGACCCAAGACUGGACUUAAAUUUUGUAAGUCAAGACAGCAACUGGAGACAAUUUAAGUAUCUAAAAUGAGGGGAUUUGAGAUGGUCAGUAUUCUCUCCUUUGCAGAAAUAGAAACAGUGAAUAAUGAAAAUUAGUGUCGAAUCUCAUCCUCUUGAAAGACUUCCUCUGAAGUGUUGGCCCACACUUUCUCCAGCCUGUCCAAGGGAAAGCGUGCCACCGCCAAGCUUUGCCAAGCCUCAAGAUUUCUAAAAUGUAACUGGAAAUCAACCAGAGUGCAAACGCAAUUCUUGAUGCACUAAAGGUCCUACUCCUCAGCCACAGCCUCUUUAUUUCAGUUGGAUCAUUUUGGAGAUUAAAGGCUGUUUUAAAAUUUGGAGUAGGAGGAAAAAUAAAGUUAGAAAUCUUAGAGCAGACUAUCCCUUCACUAGUUCCACUAAUUAAAGCCUAAUCACAGGCAGGCCCUGGGACUGGGCUUCUGAAUUUGAAGCUUCACUCUGAAGAAUUUGUUCAAGAACUUGAAGAAGUGCCCCAGGGUCCCAGGGGAUUGGGGGUGCAGGAGGAAUUGUUUACUCUUCUAUAAGCAGACCUAGCAGGGCUCCUGGGGCGGUGGCUGGCAAUUAUGUGGUCUGGGCACACUCAUCCCUUUCUGACAUCCAGUCUGGUUCUUUGGCUUGUUGCAGUCCUCAGGACUCAAAAGAUUCCCUGUUCAGAAUUCUGGUAUUUUAGGCUCUGUCUUUGUGACCUGUUGAGCACUUAAGACAAACUGCCUCUCAGCCUGGAAAGGUGCUUGGAGUUCCCAAGUUUACUGUUUUCUUUCAGUUCAAAGAAAACUGUAGGUAGCAGCAUCACUCAUUUCCUGUUUGUAGAUGCCCACAUAGUCCUUCAACUCAGUUUGCUUCCCCUGCCAGCCUUUCUGUGGACCCGGAACCCAUUUCCACUUUAUCAGUGCGGCAAGGAGGAAAAUGGGGACAAAAUGCAGGCCUUUUUGUUCUUAACAAACUGGGGCUCAUUGAUGGUAUUCUGUUCACUGUCCACAUGGCAUUGCUUGUUGAGGGCAGAGCUAAGACAACACUGCCUGUCCAGCUGUCCUGCUGUGACCUGUGUUGUUUUCCCAGGUACUUUUUAGUCAAGUCCUCACACUAAUUUUUCAGUGUAUAAAGCAUUUCCAUACGACCUAUUUUGAGUCUAACAGCAAAGCUGUGAAGUAGGCAGGGUGGUGUUUAUCACCGUGUUAUAGCUCAGGAAGCAGAUGCAGAGAGGCGGCAUUACAGUGUCAUCCUGAGAUUGCUGUUUCCUUCCCCUCCCUGAGCGUCCGUUUCCUCAUCUUUAGAAUAAGACGAGAACUGGAUGGUCUCUAAGGAUGUCUUCAGUGUAUGAUCCAUCCGAAACUGCUAGUGUGAGGGGUGCCUCUCCUUCCGGAUAGCUUUCCUUUAGGAGGCGCAUGGGUGGUGGUAGCAGGCGGGAAUUACUGACGCGCUGUCUAGAUUCUGCAGGUGACUCCGUGGCUUCAUUACGGGGAGUGGCCCCACCGUACCCAACAUGGCAGCUCCUAUCUGGCGGAUCGCCGACGCCCACUUCCGGGUUCCGUACCGCUGGCCAGGCUACUUCCGGCAGCGCGAUGGCUGGGUUCCCGGGACUCAAACGGAAGUUCCGGCGGGGGCGGCCGAGGGGGAAGAGUGUGUGUCUGUGCAGGAGAAAGAGGAGAAUCGCCCGAGAGGUCUCGAAACCCGCAGGGAGUAGAGGCCCCAGCCGUGGAGCCUGCAGUGUAUGUGUGGUAACACCAUGUCUGUGCCCCUGCUCACCGAUGCUGCCACUGUGUCUGGAGCUGAGCGGGAAACGGCCGCGGUUAUUUUUUUACAUGGACUUGGAGACACAGGGCACAGCUGGGCUGACGCCCUCUCCACCAUCCGGCUCCCUCACGUCAAGUACAUCUGUCCCCAUGCACCCCGGAUCCCUGUGACACUCAACAUGAAGAUGGUGAUGCCCUCCUGGUUUGACCUGAUGGGGCUGAGUCCAGAUGCCCCAGAGGACGAGGCUGGCAUCAAGAAGGCAGCACAGAACAUCAAGGCCUUGAUUGAGCACGAGAUGAAGAAUGGGAUCCCUGCCAAUCGAAUCGUCCUGGGAGGCUUUUCACAGGGUGGGGCUCUGUCCCUCUACACGGCCCUUACCUGUCCCCACCCUCUGGCUGGCAUUGUGGCAUUGAGCUGUUGGCUGCCUCUGCACCGGGCCUUCCCCCAGGCAGCCAAUGGCAGUGCCAAGGACCUGGCCAUCCUUCAGUGCCAUGGGGAGCUGGACCCCAUGGUUCCAGUACGGUUUGGGGCCCUGACGGCUGAGAAGCUCCGCUCCGUUGUCACACCCGCCAGGGUCCAGUUCAAGACUUACCCCGGUGUCAUGCACAGCUCCUGUCCUCAGGAGAUGGCAGCUGUGAAGGAGUUCCUUGAGAAGCUGCUGCCUCCUGUCUGACCGGAGGCAACGGCCCCCAGCGCAGCCCCCCAGCUCUUGGGGGUCCAGCACGCGCAGCACCAUCUUGGAUCUGAGCCGGUCGAGCCCCUGUCCCCACCAUCCCUGACCUGUCCUCUUCCCAUAGGCCUCUGGGGCAGGCAGGCCGAGGCCUGGCCAGGCCUUCCUUCCUGGCCUCAGCCACCUGGCUGUCUGCAGCAGGGGGUGGGCCGCCCACUUCUCCCGUGUCCCUGGAGGCGGGCCCCCCUGGCAGCAGUAUUGGAGGGGCUGUAGGCAGCGGGAGAAAGGGGCCCAGCCGCUGACCCACUCACUCAGGACCUCACUCACUAGCCCCGCUUUGGGCCCCCUCCUGUGACCUCAGGGUUUGGCCCCACCUACCACUCCACCCCCAAGUGAUUCUGCCCAGAUAAUCGUGGGUCUCUCCUCCUUCCCUCCAGCUGCUUCUCAAUCAUGAAUGUGUCCAUGGCCCUGGGCCCCUGUGCUGCUGUGGGCUACCUGCCCCUGGGCAGGGGUGUUGGUGAGGGGGCAGAGUCCUUGAAAGGGGGCCUUCCCUUAGCCUCCCCAACGCGGGGGCUGGGCCCUGCCUCCCUCUUACCCUGCUCCCCCGCGGGCCUGGAGCCUGCAGGGCUGGACUGAGGCUCAAGGUCUCCCCCAGCUGUCCCACCCCCAUGUUGUCCCCACUCUAGGGCCAGGGGAGAGGUGGGGGAGGAGUUGUGUCUUGUCUUCUGUCUCCAUGUGGUUUUGGGUGUUUUUCUUGUUGUGUCCUGGAUUCCGAUAAAAUUAAAUUGCUUCAACUCUCA